UAAAAACACUGCCUUAUGAGCUACCUGGUACGCGCAUUGCGCAUCUUGCAUUCUGGUAGCUGUACUGCUGUACGUCCAUAGAAAGCUCCCAUAACCAUUUAUAUGCCAUAAUGGCAACACACUAUUGAGAGAAUUUCAGUUUGUACCUGAUUUUAAACAACUUUUCGGAUACUUCUUGGUUUUACCGCUCAUGCUUGAUGAUCAGGCUUUUGAAAUGAGUGUCUUGAAGGUUUCCCUGCUCCGUGAAUGAACUAAACAGGUGCUUUUUGGAUAGUCUUUUUGGAAAGAGCAGCAGCUAUCUCUGGCGAUUUGAAGUGAACAUACUACUGUAUAAGCAUUAUCAUUAUUCCGGAGCAAGAAGCAACGGCGCGAUGCACAUGUACAGAUACGAUGUACUGGCGUGGAACGCCGUCGACGUUCGCCUCAAGAACGGCCAGAUGCAGCACGGGCGCGUCAUCAACGUGGCGGACGGCGGCCUGAUUAUUGAUUUCAACUGUCCUGGACAACGGGAACAGUUCGUCAAGUACAAGCGCAUUUUCCAGUGGACAUCCAGCUGUGACUGUCUGGAGGAGCACGGAGGCGGGAAGCCUGUGUCCGUGCUGCUGCGUCGUCCGGUAGACGGCGCGUGGAUCUGGUAUAUCGGCAAAGAUAUCUCUAUAGGAGACGAUAACGACAGUCGCAUGGAAGUCGCAUUGGUACAAGCGGAGACACCGCAUGGCACCGUCACCGAGCUGGUCCCCACCCGGCAGGUACGUGCCCCGCAGAGGAACAAGCGUUCGGAGUUUGAGCGCGUAAAGAAGACGGACUUCGUGAUCCGCCGUUGCGUGUUGUCCGAUGCACAGUUAUGCGCCUUCCACCAGCUCGGGCCGACCCUCCAGUGCGUACGGGAGCAAGCUAUCGCUAGACCGGCGCGGUAUCACGGCCUGCUGGGCCAUACACUUUACUACCUGCAGAAUUCCUGGUACACGCCACUGACACCUGAAGAAGUCGACAACGACUGCAACGAUGCGAGAAGCGAGAAGGACGGUGGCUAUAGCAGAUUACGGUCCUGCUGGUGGAUGUACCGCCAGUGGUCGGUAAAUACGCUUAGCAAAACGCCGGAAGCUGGCGGCAGUCAUCAAAUGGACUUGCCGUUACCCCCGGAGUUGUGGGUGACGGUCUUCCAGUCGCUGGACUCCAUCGAGCGCCUCCGCUGUCGGCGUGUGAGCCCCCUGUGGAACAGCAUUCUCACCACCGAGGCCCACUUCCCCGAUGUUCGCCUGACCGGCUGCAACAGCUACUAUGACGCAGACUGGCAUGUCACUGUAAAGAACAUAUUCUGGAUGGUUUCUGGUGCGCUGAAAUGUCUCAACAAGCGCACUAAGUUGGUGGUUAUCUCCGAGCUGGAUUUGUGCGACGGCCGAGAACUGGUCGCGCUGAUUGCCCAUCUCCUGAAAGCCCACCGCCUCCCGCUGGUCUUCUACCGCUGCGAUUUCCAGAUCGAGCGCACUCCUGUUGUUCGGAUCGUACAUCGCCUGGCCAGCCUCGCCUGGGAGCUGGCGUUGGGUGGCAGAUUGAUGCUGAAGGAUUGCCGCAUCGUGGAUGACCACCUCCGGAUUCUGCUUUCGCAGCAUGUUUUUCGGUUCCGGUCGCAAGUGGAACUGGAGAGGCAACUGUGGGGUCUUCUGCCCAAUAAGCUGAUCCUCGGAAAUCCGCGUCAGAAUGGGCAGGUCGUAAUGCAGUGGAAUGCCGGCUGCCAGCAAGAAAAACGUAAUCCGGUAAAGAUAACGAUUUCGUUCAGUGGUUCAGCUCCCUUUUCAGUGUACCUUUAGAAAACUAGAAAGUCUGAAGAAUGAACGAUAAGAAUAAUCGGCUGGCGACGUGCAUUUUGGCUAUUAAUUUUUACAGAAAGUCUGUGACGGUUAAAUUAAAUUCAAUCCGUUUCGUGGAAUCAGCAGAUAUCUUUUUCUUCAUUCUCUGAAAUUUUUGUUGUGCCGUUGCGUCAUCACGUUGUAUGCAUAAAGGUGUUUGCUCGCAUCACAGCAGAACUUAAUUU